AUGUAUACGACAACCCCGCUGUUAACUGGACGCGGCUCUCGUACGUGCAGCCGCAGACCCACCUCUACGACCGGUACCUGUACGAUCCCGCCAGCCACUCUUACACCGUGGACCGGUACCUCGCAGAUGUCGAGAAGCGCUACGGCGGCAUCGAUUCCAUAUUGCUGUGGCCCACCUACACGAACAUCCCGACUAGACCCGAACCUCGGCAUCGACGCCCGCAACCAGUUCGACUACUACAGGGCGCUCCCCGGAGGCCUCGCGGCGCUGCGGGAGCUCGUGCUGGCCUUCAAGGCCCGCGGCGUGCGGGUGCUCCUGGCGUACAACCCGUGGGACCAGAGCACGCACGUUGAGGGCGAGCCGCACUGGACGACGCUGGUCCGGCUGAUCAAGGAGACUGGCGCCGACGGUUUCAACGGCGACACGAUGAGCACCAUGUACCGGGAGUUCUGGGACGCCGGCGUUAGGUCCGGCUACCCGAUCGUCGGGGAAAUGGAGGGCGGGGGCUACGCCGACCCAGGAGGACGUCCCGAGGACGCGUCGUGGGAGAGCGCCAGCUGGGCCCCGAUGGGUUGGGGGGAGGGGUGGGGGCACGACGUGGCGCUCGGCGUGGACAAGCUCAAGUGGCUGGACGGCCGGCACAUGACCCACGUCUGCGACCGCUGGAUGACGAACCACACGGACAACCUGCAGCAGGCAUUCUUCAACGGCGUCGGCAUGGAGAGUUGGGAGAACGUGUGGGGCAUAUGGAUGCACUUCACCGAGAGGGACGCGGAGGCACUGCGGCGCGUGGCCACCCUGCUCCGCUGGCUUGGGAGUGAGCGGUUCGUGCAGGGCUACGAGGAGUGGGAGCCCUACACCCCCGACGUGCUCCGCAGCCCCGGCCGGCCCUUUGCCGAGGGCGGGUCCGUGGGCUCCCGGUUCCGCCACCAGAGCGGCGACUGCGCGUGGCUGGUAGUCAACCGCGGUGGGGCGCCAGAGGAGGUGGACCUCAACGUUUCCAGCUGCGGGGUGGAGGGCGGGACCGUGUACGACCUCUACCACGGAGUCCAGCUGCCGGCUGGGCAGCUCCAGGCCGUCAGGGUUCCUGUGGAGGCCAACGGCUUCGGCGCGGUAGUGCUCACGGGGAGGGCCUCCCUCCCGGUCGAGCCGCUGCUGGCGCGCAUGCGGGGCCUCACCGCGGCGCCUCUGGCGUCCCUGUCUGCGGAGUGGAGGAUGCUGCCGCAGGAGAUGGUGGGCAUGGAGUCGCGCGUGGCCACCACCGCCACAGCAGACGGCAUGGUCUUGAUCCCGAGGGCCAGGUACGAGUUUCGAUCCGCCGCCGUCGAGCUGGAGGGCAACGACACCCUGGGGAUGGACGCCCAGUUCCCGUGGGAGGGGUCCGCCCACCGCUUCCACCAGCGCCUCUUGGAGCUGGGCCCGUUCUACAUCGACAGGCACCUGGUCACGAAGGGCGACUUCGCGAGGUUCCUCCACGCGACCAGGUACGCCCCGCGCGACCCUCACAACUUCUUGGUCGGCUGGGCUCCCGCGGCGGAGGGGGGCGGCCUCGCGCCGCCGGCGGGGUCCGAGCGGCAGCCCGUCGUCUGGGUGUCCCUCGCGGAGGCCCGGCGCUACUGCGCGUGGGCCGGCAAGCGGCUACCCCACGCCUACGAGUGGCAGCUGGCGGGCCAGGGCACGGAGCGGCCGGCACGGCAGUACCCGUGGGGGGACGACGAGCUGCCCGGUCGGGGGUUCUUCCCGCCCCCGGGCAACGGCAGCACCGUGCCAGAGCUGCCGAACGUGGGGGCGUUCUCCCCACAGGGCGACGCGCCGAGCGGCGUGGCGGAUCUCGCGGGCGUGGUGUGGCAGUACACGGACGAGUUCCGGGACGAGCACACGCGCACCGUGCUCCUCAAGGGCAGCGGCCUGUACCACCCGACCGUCUCCGGCAAUUUCCCCGCUCUGAGGCAGACGAGGAACUGGUACUUCCCCAGGGCCCUGGAGCUCGACAGGCACAACCGCAUGAUGCUGAUGGACGACGCCUACGAGCGCGCCGGCACCCUCGGGUUCCGCUGCGCCGCCGACCACGCCGAGGGGCAGGCGGCGCCGUACCACUUCAGGGACCUCGGGCCGCCCGAGGGCGCCGGCUCGGCUGCGCCGCUCGUCGUCUGA